AUGGGAGAUGACGACAGAACUAUUCCCAAAUUAGAAAAGGUUGCAGAGCAAAAUAAACAAAGAGCACAAGAAGAAAGAAUUGAAUCAACGCAAGAAAGUGAAGAUGCUCCUACAGCGCAGAGUUUGGAUGGGUGGCUUGCUCUAGUAGACGGAGAGAAAGCCAGAGAUGUCUGGUUUCAAAGCAUGAUCCCCUUUCUGAUGGCUGGCUUUGGCUCCAUUGGGGCUGGCUUGGUUGUCCAUUAUGCUCAGAAUACAAAAUUGGUUCGAGCUAUACCUCAAUUUCUCUCCAUUGCUCCGCCUAUACAGGGGAUGAAAGGAAACCUGGAUUUAACACUUACGUCACGAUUAACUACCAUGGCACAUAAAGGAUCACUCAAAUCCGAGAACAUUGUGCACAUUUUCCUGAAGAACAUAUCUCUAGUUCAAGCACAAUCAAUCGUUCUCUCCAUCUUUAUGGGUUUCUUCUGUUUCCUCCUCGAUCUCAUCAAACGAAUUCCUUACGGAUGUCCAGCUCCUGUAUCAGAGUUUCUGCUCUUAUCAGCGGUCACGAUAGCAACCAUGAUGUUCUCAGGAUUACUAAUGUCUUGCACUAUAAUCAUGAUGAUAAUGUAUUCAACAAAAAAGAAAAUCAACCCUGACAAUAUCGCAACUCCACUGUCCGCAUCCUUCGGUGAUCUCCUAACUAUCACUACUCUGGUUUCACUUGGAGCCAUGUUGUUCUCCCUAGGAAAAUUUCAAACCUUUCAUUCGUUUGCUGUUAUCAUCGGCUCUAUCUUGUUGAUGCCUUUCUUGAUGUACAUCGCCACUCAAGAUGAAAGUAGCUUGAGAGCAGUUAAAACUCAAUGGCCAACACUUGUUCUCGCUUGCAUAUUUUCGAGUGGAGCAGGUUUUGUGCAAGAGUAUUCCUUUCGAAGAUUUCCCGAGUUCACAGUUUACUUUCCUCUCAUAGCCGGGAUAUGUGGAAAUCGAGCAGCUCUACAUGCUUCACGAAUCUCAUCAUUCUUGAUGGUUAAAUCUUACAAUCCCAUCAAAUUCCGUGUUCGUCUCAACCCUAUCAAGUAUUAUCUUCACAAAGAUAAUGAAUCGCAAGCUGCUCGUCUCCUGCUAUUCACAUGUAUUCCUUUCCAACUUGUCUUCUUGUUAACAUCACAUGGCUUGGCCGAAGUAGUGGGCACCCCCCUAACCUUGAAAUGGCCUUUUUUGAUUGGAUAUAUUCUGAUCGUUUUCAUACAGGUUGGCGUUUUGCUGUACAUUUGUCAAUUGGUUGUCACAUUCCUGUGGUCUUCUGGAAUUGAUCCCGACUUGCAUUCCAUACCGAUAGUAACUUCAAUCGGAGAUCUGUUGGCGACCUUUCUUCUUGCUAGUCUCUACUGGUUCUUUGCUCAUACAACAAUCGAUGUUGUCCAUGUGGAGCAAUCAUUUGGGAAAGCGAAUGUAACGUGUGAAGGAGGUUAUUAUGAAAACUAA